AUGUUUACUGAAACUAAAGAUAAUUCAUCAGUCCUGCAGGACAGUGUUCCAUCAAGGAACCAAUCUGGAUCACCAGAAGAUUCAACAACCUAUAAGUACUUAGGAAUGAAUGGGAAAAGAUUACAUCAUGCUAUUUCCUUUCUUGCUGGUAUGGGGUUCUUGCUUUUCGGUUAUGACCAAGGUGUUAUGGGCUCUUUGUUAACUUUACCCACUUUCAGAAAUACUUUUGAUUCUAUCGAUACUACUAGAUUUCCAGAAAGAGCCACUUUCCAAGGGUUUGUUAUUGCUAUUUAUGAAAUUGGUUGUUUGGCUGGUGCUCUUGCAACGAUGUAUGUCGGUGAUAGAAUUGGAAGAAGAAAAACAAUCUUUCUUGGUUGUAUUAUUAUGAUUAUUGGUGCUACUAUUCAAGCUUCCUCAUUUUCCGUUGGCCAAUUAAUCGCUGGACGUAUUGUUACUGGGAUCGGUAAUGGUUUCAACACAGCUACUGUUCCCGUGUGGCAAUCUGAAUGUGCCAAGAGUAAAGAUAGAGGUAAAUUAGUUAUGGUUCAAGGUGCUUUAAUCACAGGUGGUAUUUGCAUCUCUUACUGGAUUGAUUUUGGUUUCUUCUUUAUUAAGAACAGUUCUGUCUCAUGGAGAUUUCCAAUUGCUUUCCAAAUCUUAUUUCCAUUGUUCAUUUUGCCCUUUAUUUUAAGAUUACCAGAAUCUCCAAGAUGGUUAUUGAAAGCUGGCCACAUUCAAGAAGCUGCCAGGGUAUUUUCAGCUCUUGAUGCAAUCCCAGUUAAUGAUCCAACCAUUGUUUAUGAAGUCAAUGAAAUUUCUGAAUCAUUAGAAAAGGAAAGAAUUGAUGCUAGCGACAAGUCCAAAUUCCGUCUUUUGUUUAUUCAAGGUGAAACUAAGAACUUUCAUAGAACAUGUUUGGCUGUUUGGUCACAAAUCAUGCAACAAAUCAGUGGUAUUAAUUUGAUUGUUUACUAUGCAGGUACUAUCUUUGAAAACUAUAUUGGUAUGAGUCCAUUAAAUUCCAGAAUCUUAGCUGCUGCCAAUGGUACUGAAUUCUUCCUUGUUUCCUGGGUUGCCUUCUAUACCAUUGAAAGGUGCGGGAGAAGAAAGUUAAUGUUGUUUGGUGCCGCUGGUCAAGCUAUUUCUAUGGCAGUAUUAACUGGUACUACUUGGGCUGCCAGUCCAGACAACCUUAACAGUGGUGGAGCUGGUAUUGCUGCUGCCGUGUUUCUUUUUGUCUUCAAUACAUUUUUUGCUAUUGGUUGGUUAGGUAUGACAUGGUUAUACCCUGCUGAAAUCACUCCUUUGAAUAUCAGAGCUGCAUCCAAUGGUUUGAGUACGGCAGCAAAUUGGUCUUUUAACUUUAUGGUGGUUAUGAUUUCUCCUGUUGCUUUUGAAAAUAUUGGUUCAUAUACUUAUACUAUUUUUGCUGUAAUUAACUUGUUGAUGGUCCCUACUGUUUACUUUUUCUAUCCAGAAACUGCUGGAAGAUCUUUAGAAGAAAUGGAUAAGAUUUUCGAAUUAUCCAAUACUUCGACUCCUUGGGAUGUUGUCAAGAUUGCUCGUGAAUUACCCUUUGAAAGUCAAACCCGCGACCAUGACAUUGAAAAGGUUGUUGUUGAACAUGUUAAUUAGUUAUGAUGUAUAGUUUGUAUUUUAAUAAUGUUUUAAUAUAAGUAAGAUCAAUAAAGUAGUUUAAAGUUUAAUUAGCUACGUUUAACUUUAAAAUCUUUGGUCCAAUGCUUGUAGAAAAUGUCUUAAUUCUUUU